AUGUCCAAGUUGUACCAAGGUAUUGUUGGCGCAUGUGAUAAACUGGUACCGGGAAGUCUACGACCACUCUGGGAGCAUCCAGCUGGACCAAAAACGAUUUUCUUUUGGGCUCCUGCAUUCAAAUGGGGCCUGGUAAUCGGCGGUCUGGGCGACAUCAACCGUCCCGCCGACAAGCUCUCCAUACCGCAGACCACGUCGCUCGCCAUCACCGGGCUCAUCUGGUCCCGCUACUCCCUCGUCAUCAUCCCGAAGAACUACAGCCUUUUCGCUGUGAACAUGUUUGUAGCUGCCAUCAAUGCCUAUCAGCUCGGCAGGGCCUUCAAGUACAGGCAGUCGUUGGAGAAGAAGUAA